UCUCAAAAAAGGGGAAAAAGGGACAAACAGAACAGAAGAUAGAAGACUUCGUCCAACCAGAAAACAAAAGAAAUACAGACAGAGCCGGAAGGAGUCCUCCGGCCGCCCUCUUCACCAGUCGUAACUUCUGCUUGCUAACUUGAAGGAUUUCGUUUUUCGUUAACCUCUUUCCUUCUCCUUCGUCUUCUUCUUCUUCUGCAUCUGCGAGAAUUGUGGAAAUUUGUGGUUUCCCCAACUCCCGUUUGCAUCUUACUUUCUCUCCAAUCCGAUCCACAAUUCGCGUGCUGAUUCCAGUUCGUCGUCGCUGCGCAACUCGUCCGGCGCCGCCUUCAGUGAGCGACUGAACUCUCUCCCGCCCACUGGUUUCCUUCUUCGUUCUGUUCCUUGUGUUUGGAGUUUCUCUCGAUCUGCUUCGUUAAUUUUCCCCGCUUCCGGGGGAUCAGUCUCAGUCAUGUUCUAUGGUUCAAUUGUAUGGGAUCCAUGGCUUAUCGUCGCCCAAAUCGUGUGCCUUCAAUGCCUCUACUACCUCACCCUCGGAUUCUUCCUAUCCGUUUUCGUUGGCACCCGCGUUUCCCGACUGAGUCUCGUCUAUUUCUUUGAUUUCGUCACCGUCACCGCGUCUUCCGUCACUGGAUGGUGCGUUAUCGCCUCCUUCUUGCUCAGCUCCCUCGCCGGGUAAGCAGUUUUCACCCCCCUUUGUUUCCUCCUGGCUGGCCACUGAUAGGAUAAUGCUUUAGUGUCUUGUACCUAGUUGCCUUGGUAUGUGAUGGAUUGUCUACUUGUGUAUCUGUUCUAGAUUUCUAUGCAGACUGUAGUUGGUAUUUCGUAGGAGGCUUGUAAUGGUCGGAUCAUUUUUAACUGUCCCAAUGAGCUGUGCUUAUCAUUUGGGCAGCAUCCGGUUAGGUACUUGCUUCAGUGUUCUGACUUCAAGAGGGUAGUGUGUUAUAUGUCAUUUUGAGUUGGUUAAUCUUCAAAGAGUGUUGUUUAGUUGGAUGAUAUCUCUCCAGCGUCAGUUCAUUUGAACUUGGUGUUUGCUCAGAGUUGUCAAGUUCACGACUUUUACCUAGUUCUUACUUUUGGAGACUUGAAAGUAGAGUUCCGGAGGGAAAAGAAAGUCAUGGAACAUCUUUAAUUCAAUGUUAUGGCAAGAAUUAGCAUUCUUGGCACAAUAUCCUUCAUUUGGUAGUCAAUGGCCAUGUGUGGCUCGAACUUGAUUUCGAUUCUGGUACUGACUGAAAUGAGUAUGUGGAAUCUGAUGCUCUCCUAAUAAUCUUAGCUUGUUUUCUUUACUGGAUAUUUAGAUCAUAUGAACACAAGAGGUUGUUUACAAACUGGUUAUGGCUAUGCAUUUAUGUGGGUAAGAGUUAUGAAUUGCAUACUAUGAACUUGGAUUCAUCAUUUCAUCAAUUUCGGCAUGCCUCAGUCCAACCUAAACUGGCAUCGAGACCACAGGCCAACCUCGUGUGGACUCUAUAUAUUGCUAGCUUUGAUGGGAAGCUGGAAUGAGCACCAAAACUCUAAAGUGCCGAGUUGGCAGCUUUGACAUCAAAAGCAUAAGAAAAACGGGGGUGGCUUAUGUUUUUGGGUGCAUAGCACAGGCCCCCUGCAUUAUUAUGCCGCAUACACAAUUUAUGAUGGGUUGAACCUACUAUUUACUUCCUUUCGUUACAUACUUGCUUAAUUGAAACUGAUGCUUCUUUUUCUUAAUUGUCUGCUUGACUGUAUUCUUAGAUUGUAAGUUUUGCAGCAACUUUUGACGGUGUUUCUUCUUUGAAACUGUCAUCCUUGUUUUUACUUGCAUUGGUUUGUAGCUUAUUCUUCAUGAAUUCUUAUGUUAGAUAUGAGUAGGAGUCAUAGGCGGAUAAAAGCCCUAUGCAUUUCAUUUUGUGGCAUUGCUUAUAUUUGUUUUUCUGUGCAGCGCUGGAUUUAUGCUUUAUUUGAUUGAGAGGGCAAAGAAGUGCUUAGACUUUUCAGCAACCGUCUACAUCAUCCAUCUCUUUAUAUGCUUGAUAUAUGGGGGAUGGCCUUCUUCUCUGACAUGGUGGGUUGUGAACCUCACUGGACUUGCAGUGAUGGCAUUGCUAGGCGAAUACCUUUGCAUUAGGCGUGAACUACGAGAAAUCCCUAUUACCCGAUAUCAUCGACCAAGUAAGUUUUUUUUUUCCCUUGCAACAUAAGCUUGCUUCAUCAAAUACUACUGGGAAAAUUCUCCUUCUAUAAUCCUUGAGUCCCCAAGUUAUAGGAGGUUUGCAUUUCUUGAUCUGGGUUAUGGUGGACACUAGCAUUUUGGAAAAUCAGAAAAGUUGUUCCUCUAAUUUUUGUAAUUCUUAGCCCUUGACUUCUUCAAAGUAGCUGGUUUGAUUGAUAAGUUACUCAUGUCCAUUUCCAUGUUAUUGGCCCAUGUUUCAUCUGUACACAAGUAGAUUUGUGAUAUAGGAGCAUGUCUUACAUUCGGUUGGACAAACAUUUUUAGUGUUGCUGUUAGGCAUCCUACCGCUCCUUUCUUUUCUGAGUUUUGAUGCUAUCUGCCUAUUUCCUUUGGUCCUUUAAUCUUGGUAAAAAAAAAAAUUUCAUGAUCCUGAUGGAACUACAUUGAACGAGGUAGUUGAAAAAUCCGUGUAAAUGAAGUGUUUGUUCCAUU